AUGACGCCUCAGCCGACCACCUACGACUCGGACAAUGUCUUCGCCAAGAUCCUAGAUGGCCGGCUUCCUUCCUACAAGAUAUUUGAGACAGAACACUGCGUGGCGAUAUUGGAUGCCUUUCCGACAGCCCCUGGCCAUUCCCUGUUGAUAUCGAAGGCACCGGUGGCGACGGUGAUGGAAUUAGAUGAAGAACAAGCUGCAAAUGUUUUGAAGGAGUUACCUCGACUUUGCCGCGCAGUGCAGCGGGCAACAAAUUGCGACGGUGUUAACGUCCUUCACAACGGAGGACCGGCAGCUGGCCAGAUCGUUCAUCAUCUGCAUUUUCAUGUUUUGCCGCGUCGUGGAGGCGACGGUCUUUUCUCUCAGCCGCAGAGCGCCAAGUCGAUGAUAACAGCAGACGAGGCAGUACCAAUUUUAGAGAAGAUAAAGGCAAAUCUAUGA